UCGAUGCCAGAACUCCUACCAGACCCACUUCAAUAACUCCCUCCAUCUCUCUCUACUCUCUCUCUCUCUCUCGCAAGUUGCAACAACCACCGCCCACCCGUCUUCCCCCACGCUCUUUGAAUGCCAGAUCCGUCUACUUCUUUCCUUUUUAAAUUGCGUCUUCCUCUCCCCAUUUCCCUCCCCAACUCACACCCAGCUCUCUCUCGCUUUCUCUCAUUUUCUCUUUCUCUUCGUCCCAAGCCACUCAGAGACCAAAUGGCACCAGCAGCAGACCCUGCAGCCCCUAAGUCCGUGUGCGUCAUGGACGCCUCCGGCUACCUCGGCUCCCGCAUGGUCAGCCAACUUCUCCGCAAAGGCUACGCCGUUCAUGCUGCUGUCAACAAUGGAGCGGAGCUGGAAUUCUUGCAAAGCCUGGCCGUAGAGAACAGCGAGAAUUUGAAGAUGUACUCAUGUGAUCCACUUGAUUACCAGAGCAUAGUAGAUGCCCUCAGGGGAUGCUGUGGUCUGUUCUACACUUUUGAGCCUCCUCACUACCAGCCAACCUACGAUGAACUGAUAAUGGAGGUCGAAGUCCGGGCUGCACACAAUGUCCUCGAAGCUUGUGCUCAAACUGAGACAAUGGAAAAGGUUGUGUUUACAUCAUCGGUCGCGGCCGUCAUCUGGAAGGAAAACAGGAAGACGGUGACGGAAUUCGAUGAACGCAGCUGGACUGAUGCUAAUUUCUGCAGAAACUUCAAGCUGUGGUACGCCUUGACCAAGACCGUAGCCGAGAAGACCGCAUGGGCGCUUGCAAUGGACCGGGGAGUCAGCAUGGUGUCGGUCAAUGCUGGUCUGGUGACCAUCCCGGACCUAUCUGCAACGCACCCGUACCUCAAGGGCGCGGCCGAGAUGUAUGAGGAUGGAGUUCUGGUCACCGUAGACGUCGACUACCUCGUCGACGCCCAUAUCAGAAUCUUUGAGAAGCCGGCGACAUACGGCCGGUAUAUCUGCUUCAACCGGCUCAUCAACCGCGAAGAAGACGCGGUUAAACUGGCCCAGUUGUUGACUCCUACCGCUGCCUUACCCCAAAGCAAUGAUUCAAAAAUACACCAACAGAGGAUCAGCAACAAGAAGCUGAACAAACUAGUGGUUGAUUUUACAGGAGGACUCAAAGCUUGAAUAGAUUAAAAAAGUGUGUUUCUGGGCACGUCAACAAAGGCUGUCAAAUGUACACAUCGUCUAUGUCUUUUCUUAAAUAUAAAUAACGUGUAUUUUUAUCAUUCUUAUUAAUGAAAAAUGCAAAUGUAGUUGCUAA